AUGUCUAAACGCCUCCUCCUCUAUUUUCUUUUCUUCCUCUCAUCCUCUCAGCUUCUUUCCUCCUCUUUCUCUUUCUCUAAUUCCACUCAACUGUGCCCGCGUCACCAGACCCUUGCUUUGCUCCACCUUAAGCAAUCAUUCUCUAUCAACAAUUUCAGUUCUUCAGAUUGCGAUUACUAUGGUGUCACAUCUUAUCCCAAAACAGAGUCUUGGGAAAAGGGUAGUGAUUGCUGCUCAUGGGAUGGGGUCACAUGUGAUUGGGUGACAGGCCAUGUAAUUGAGCUGGACCUCAGUUGCAGCUGGCUCUUUGGCACCAUCCAUUCCAACACUACUCUCUUCCUUUUUCCUCAUCUACAAAGGCUCAACCUUGCUUCCAAUGACUUCAAUGGGUCCUUUGUUUCAGUUGGGUUUGGUCGGUUCCCAUGCUUGACGCAUCUCAAUCUCUCUAACUCUGGAUUUUCGGGCCUAAUUUCAUCAGAAAUCUCUCACCUCUCCAACUUGGUUUCACUUGAUCUCUCUUGGAAUUAUGGAGUAGAAUUUGCCCCGCAUGGCUUCAAUUCUCCAGUUCAAAAUUUAACCAAAUUGCAGAAGCUUCACAUUGGAGGUAUUUCCAUCUCUUCAGUUUUUCCUGAUUUCUUGCUAAAUCGGUCUUCUUUGAUAUCAUUAGAUCUCUCUGGCUGUGGAUUGCAUGGGAGAUUCCCUAACCAUGAAAUUCACCUUCCGAAACUCGAGGUUCUCGACUUAUGGGGAAAUGAUGAUCUCAGUGGAAACUUCCCACGAUUCAGUGAGAACAAUUCCCUCAUGGAGUUAGAUUUAUCAUUCACAAAUUUGAGUGGAGAGAUUUUAGCCUCAAUUGGCAAUCUAAAGUCUUUACAGACUUUGGAUCUCUCCUAUUGCAAAUUUUCAGGGUCCAUCCCUACUUCAAUUGGCAAUCUAAAGUCUUUACAGACUUUGGAUCUCUCUGAUUGUGAAUUCUCAGGGUCCAUCCCUACUUCAAUUGGUAAUCUAAAGUCUUUACAGACUUUGGAUCUCUCCGAUUGCGAAUUCUCAGGGUCCAUCCCUACUUCAAUUGGCAAUCUAAAGUCUUUACAGUUCGUAUACAUUUUUAGCAACAAUUUCAGCGGUCAGCUUCCACCAUCAAUUGGAAAUCUAACAAACCUUCAGGACUUAAGACUCUUUGAUAACUUGUUCAACGGGACAAUACCAUCUCGAUUUUAUACUCUGCCAUCAUUGGUGACUUUAGAUCUCAGUCAUAACAAACUCACUGGUCAUAUUGGUGAAUUCCAAUAUGAUUCAUUGAAGGUUAUUGAUUUGAGCAUGAAUGAGUUACAUGGGUCAAUUCCAAGUUCAAUAUUUAAGCUUGUCAACCUUGAAUUUCUCUAUCUUUAUUCAAAUAACUUGAGUGGUGUUUUGGAGACAAGCAACUUUGAAAAACUUAGAAACCUCACUUCACUUGAUCUCUCAAAUAACAUGCUCUCAUUGAUCACCUCUGGCAAUUCCAACUCCAUUUUGCCCAGCAUUCAGAGGCUAGACCUUUCAAACAAUAACAUUAGUGGAGUAUGGUCAUGGAAUAUGGGAAAGGAUACACUGUGGUACUUGAAUCUCUCUUAUAACAUCAUAAGUGGGUUUGAGAUGCUUCCAUGGAAAAAUAUGCAAAUUCUAGAUCUUCAAUCCAACUUGCUGCAAGGACCACUUCCAACUCCCCAAAAUUCAACACAUUUCUUUUCAGUAUCCCAUAACAAAUUGAGUGGAGAAAUCUCACCGUUGAUUUGCAAAGCGAGUUCCAUGGAAGUUCUUGAUUUGUCUAACAACAAAUUGAGUGGCAUGCUUCCUCAUUGUUUGGGGAAUUUUAGCAAAUAUCUCUCUGUUUUGAAUUUGCGAAGGAAUCGAUUUCAUGGCAUCAUUCCUCAAACAUUUUUAAAGGGCAAUGCUAUUAGGAAUCUUGACUUCAACGAUAAUAAAUUGGAAGGCCCAGUACCUCGAUCUUUGAUCAUUUGUCGAAAACUUGAAGUUCUAGACCUUGGAAAUAAUGAGAUAAAUGAUACAUUUCCCCAUUGGUUGGGAACUCUUCCAAAGUUGCAAGUUCUUGUUUUGCACUCUAAUAGUUUCCAUGGUCAUAUAGGGCAUUCCAAGAUCAAAUCCCCAUUCAUGAGCCUAAGAAUCAUUGAUCUUGCUCACAAUGAUUUCGAGGGUGACUUGCCUCAAAUGUAUUUGAGAAGUUUGAAAGCUAUAAUGAAUAUAGAUGAAGGCAACAUGACAAGAAAAUAUAUGGGGGACCAUUAUUAUCAAGAUUCCAUAGUGGUGACAAUCAAAAGGUUAGAGAUUGAAUUUGUGAAAAUCUUGAAUACUUUCACAACAAUUGAUUUAUCAAGCAAUAAAUUCCAAGGAGAGAUUCCCAAGUCCAUUGGAAAUCUUAAUUCACUUCGAGGGCUCAAUUUGUCUCAUAACAACCUUGCAGGACAUAUCCCAUCAUCUUUUGGAAAUUUGAAGUUGCUUGAAUCAUUAGACCUCUCUUCAAACAAGCUCAUUGGGAGAAUUCCUCAAGAAUUAACAAGUUUGACAUUUCUCGAAGUUUUGAAUCUUUCCCAAAACCAUCUUACUGGAUUUAUACCUCGAGGUAAUCAGUUUGACACUUUGGAAAUGAUUCAUACAAUGAGAACUCAGGGUUGUGUGGAUUUCCAUUGUCAAAGAAAUGCAUAA